UAAAACCGUAACAACUAUUGACCAAUACAUUUGUUUUAUCUUGUUUUUGUGGAAUCAAUACUCUCUCUUGCUAUACAAAUUGUGAAAACGCGGUCCUUAGUCUAAACUCACCUAACAAGGGUAUUGACCAGUGCUACAACCAGCAAUAUCAUCAAUGGCAAAGAAACCUGUGAAGUACUACGUGGUGGAUGCAUUCACAGAUUCUGCUUUCAAAGGAAACCCAGCAGCAGUAUGUUUGUUAGAACAAGACAGAGACGAUGAUUGGUUGCAAUUAUUGGCGGCUGAAUUCAAUAUUUCUGAGACAUGUUUUUUGACUCCAAUUCAUGGUACUUCUGUUCCUCGUUUUGGUCUCAGAUGGUUCACUCCUACUACUGAGGUUAAACUUUGUGGUCAUGCCACAUUAGCAGCUUCACACACGCUUUUUUCAUCUGGUUUGGUGGAUAACAAUGUUAUUGAAUUUGAGACACUAUCUGGAAUUUUAACUGUCAAAAAGAUCCCUUCGAACGAUGCAACCGGUACACCGAACUCGCAGAAUGGUGAAGCUCCGGUUGGAUUUUAUAUUGAAUUGGAUUUUCCUGCAGAUCCUACCACAGAAUCCAACUCUGAAUACACUUCACUCAUUUCUUCGGCAUUGAAUGGUGCUUCAAUCAUUGAUAUAAAGAAGACACAAAUUGGAGACAAUUUAAUUGUUGUUGUCGCGUCUGGAAAAAAUGUGACAGAAGUACAGCCACAACUUGAUGUGAUUGCUAAAUGUCCUGGAACAGGAAUAAUUCUUACCGGGAUUGCUCCUCCAGAGUCCGGAUUUGACUUCUACAGUCGAUAUUUCAGUCCAAAAUUUGGAAUCAAUGAAGAUCCUGUUUGUGGAAGUGCACACUGUGGCUUGGUACCCUAUUGGAGCAAGAAGCUGGGAAAGUUUGAUUUAAGGGCUUAUCAGGCAUCAGCUAGAGGAGGAAUUCUCGAUCUUCAUCUUGAUGAGCAGAAACAAAGAGUGUUUUUGCGUGGGAAAGCUGUUACGGUGAUGGAAGGGUUUGUUCUGGUCUAGUCUUGUUCCUAGAAUUGCAGUGAAAGUACUUGCAUAAAUAUUUGUAAUAAAUAUAGCAGAUUACAAAAUUUGUUAUUGAAAUAGCACUUAGUUAUUAUGAUACUUUAGCACAGAAGUGCUUUUAAACAAAGACUUAACUGUUUAAUAAAUUGAUGUGGUGGUUACUUUUGAUUGAUAAAUAUCCAAAUUCUCCUUGAAGUAGAUGGAUGAUUUGUAUAAAUCUGUACUUCAUGUUUCAUAUAUUUUUUUUUUUUGUAUGAGUAGUCUGUGUUUGGUUCAAUGUUCUUGUAAUGCAAAGUUUUAUUGUGAGUCAUUAU